CUUUUGCUUUCUGGCUUGGUCGUGGGAAUUCAUGACCUGCUUGAUUUGGUUUUUAAAUGCACUUCGAUGCGUCAAUGGAUCUAAAAACCGAUUUUCCAGAUAACUCGACAAUAAUUCCGUGUUUCUGAGGCUUUGUUUUCGCUGUUGAAGUUUUUAACCAGCAUGGUGCACACUACCUGCGAAUUUGUCGCUGUUACUUUAAUAUUUAAGAAUUCGUUAAUUAAAAAUAUGAACUUGCUGGUCCGAAAAAGCAAUUCUCCGACUGACUCUUGCGCAGGAAAUUGAUUUCCCGAGGAGAAGAAUCGUCGUCUCGCAAGGUUUGCUAGCUCCAACUUAAUACCGGUAUUUCCUCGCGUAUCAUCAUCGGAAAAGUCGAUGAAGUUGAGUUGAAACAGGGGGGAAGACUAAGAUAGUUGAGUUUUAACUGUGUUUGAUCAGCGGAUUUUCGCGUCAAAUAGUAGAAAUUAGGAGCACUUGAUCAUAGUUUUGGAAAUUGUGAGGGCCAAAUAGCGGUUUGCGUGAGACAUAGGCGUGGAGAUAUGUCGAUGUCGGGUGACGAACAUGAGGGCGUCGGAGGGGAGAAAAACCCUAGCGACGAAGAUCAGAGAGGCAAGGAUUUGUGCAUCGGUUUUGGGCCGAUGGAAGGGCAGGGCGGUGGUGGUGUGAUUCGUAAAGGACAGGGUUCAUUUUUCGUGGCUGUGCACGUCGGGGCGGGGUUUCAUUCGGAGAAGAAAGCGAAAGCGUAUCAAUUGGCUAUGCGACGUGCUUGCCAGGCUGCGGCAGCCGUCCUCUCGGGGGAGACAGUGAGUUGCCUCGAUGCUGUAGCGGCAGCAAUUAGAGUGCUGGAGGAUGAUGAAGUCACAAAUGCUGGCAGAGGUUCUAACCUGACAGAAGAUGGCCACGUUGAGUGCGAUGCAAGUGUGAUGGACGGACAUAGCGGAGCGUUUGGAGCUGUUGGAGCAGUUCCUGGUGUUCGAAAUGCAAUUGACGUAGCCAUGCAGCUGGCGAAAGAAAGCCGUAAAGGAACCCUCCCUCUUGGUCGAACUCCUCCUGUUUUCCUUGUGGGUGAUGGAGCGCGGGAGUGGGCAAUUAGACAUGGCCUUGCAGAUGAAUCAGUCAGUGGCGAAAUCGAGAAUUGGCUUAUAACCAAAAAGGCACACGAGCAAUGGAAAAAGUACAAACAAUGCUUGGCCAUGACCAUCCCAACUGCUGAGAGAGAUAGCAUGUCGGAUGCUCAUUUAAUAGGUGUAGAGGAUGAGAAGAGCAGGGAAGACGUGGUGCUGGACACCGUGGGAGCUGUUUGUGUUGAUAGAGAGGGUAACAUUGCUGCAGGUGCUUCAAGCGGUGGCAUUGCUAUGAAAGUUAAAGGACGAGUGGGUUUAGCGGCAACUUAUGGAAGUGGCUGUUGGGCGACCCCGAAAGAAAUUUUUGGUACUUCAGUUGGGUGUACUGUCUCGGGUGCAGGCGAGCAGCUCAUGAGAGGACUUGCUGCAUAUCGAUGCUCUGCAUUAGCUACAACAUUGCAAGAGGGGCCAGGACAUGCGUGUGAGACGACGCUUCGUUCUGUUAUUGAAAAGGGCCACGCUUUUGGGGGCAAAGACGACGCCGGAGUUUUGUUUCUACAAUCGAAUUGCGAUUCAACACAGACAGUGGAGUUGGUGGCAGUGUUUUCAUCAUCGUCAUUCGGCAUUGGCUAUUAUGGAAGCUCUAUGAACAAACCAAAGACUAAGAUAUUGAGAAGACUGCCUCGGGAUGACAGCGUAUCAGUGUUUGCUCAAAAUUUUAAAAUCCACACCCCCGCAACGAGAAUCUCCAUCUCAUCUCUUCUCUAGAUAAGUAACCAAACGAGACCCUGCAAUCCAGCUCAUACUGUUGACCUGCGAAAACUCGGUUGAGAUGGACCAACUUUUUAAGUUGCUCUCGUACAAAGUGGGAGUUGUGCUGUUUUUUUUAUACUAAAGAUUGCAUCUCUGUUGUAGACAGUUAUUUAUGUAAAAUCAACAUGUUUAUGUUUCCUUGGUGUUAUUCAAUGAAGCUUAUAAGUGUACGUUGUGGCAAGUGAAUUAUCACUGAUGUGAAGUAUGAAGAUCAUCUAUUGGUCAAGGGCGCAUGUUCAGGUUAAACGACUUCAAAAGGAAUGGAAGCAGAUGUGAUGGAAGACUGAAUAGUGAAGCUGGUGUAGGUCUAAAAUGAUAAAGAAUUGAUAGCGUGCUGUAAUUCAUUUGAAUAAAGGUUCUUUGAUCCUGUUUCAGUAUUAAGUUAUUACCAUAU